UUAAUUUGCUUGAGCAUCUCACCGCAAUCGUAUCACUUAGAGACCUCUCUACGCCAUGAUUUUCCAGUAUUUCAUUUUGAAUGCUAUUCUCGCUUCACUUACGAUAGCAUCAGUGGGUAAGAGAUCUCCAUCUCGUCAUCUUGAAUAAAGAAGAUGGGAGAAGCGCAUUACAACUUAUUAUACAAAAAGUUGUUUUUCAAGAAUAUUUAUGUAGUUGUUGAACCUUAUGAAGACGUUAAUUUAAGACGUUUUGAGUUGUUCUAGAACUGUCGAUGAGGGGCUAAAACUAUCAUAUGAAAUGCUGACUCCCACUCAUCGCUAAUUACAAACGUUAUAUUUUGUUCAUAUCAUCGUUUCAGACCAUCAAGCGCCGGUUUUUACGUAUUGCCCAAAGUGCAUCACAAUGAAAGAAAUCACAGAGCAUGAGAUCCACGUUGACUGGUCUAGACCUAAAGCAACUGACGAUUCUGGUGAGGAGCCUGAAAUAAUAUGCAGCAGGCCAAGUGGAGACUUAUUCCCUGUUCCCAGUACAACUGAAGUUGUUUGUACGGCGAGAGAUUCCGCUGGUAAUAGAGCCACUUGUAGCUUCAGGAUCACUCUAAAACGUAAGCUGAAGCUCUUGCAUUUGAAUAAACAAUUUAUCAAGAUGAUCUAAUUAUGUAAAAGAAAAGGUUAGAAUUUGGAAGUAACAGUUGAUUGCGUGCUUUCGUUGUCCAGGUGAAAGUAUUCCCGAUAUGUCUGUUCUCGGUAACAAUAGCUGACAACGAGAAGCUUAGCUGAAGUCUAAUAGUAACCCUUGACUCUAAUGAUGGUUUCUGCUAACGAUGUCAUAACAUCAAUCACCGUUGCCAACAGCAGUCCCUUUUAGGUUUACUCGAACCCAGGCCAUUAGAAUUCAUGAUCAACAGAUUCAGUAACUGAAAAUAUAUGAGAGAAAAACCGCUUUUGUGCAGCAUUAUGCUGCCUGUUAUCGGAGUAUGAGUUACACCUUGACUAACCGAAAAAUCUAAAAUUCGACAUCUUUACUAUAUUUUACAUCCAUUAAUGAAAUGGAUUAAUUAAUAUUAAUAAUAAUUAAUAUUAAUUAUGUCUACAAUUCGAAAAUAGAAGGUUAAGAAAAUAUGAAAUUUCUACUUACUGGACUGGAAGGGCGACAUUUUAAAGGUCGGCGUCUUCUUUGCUACAAUGAUUUUAUAUUUUUUCUCUCUUUUGUUGUCAACAGGAAAGGAGUGCCCCAUGUUCGAUCCUCCUCAAAACGGAGCUCUGGCGUGCAACAAGAUUGGUGUAGAAUAUCUUUGCGCUGCGAUGUGCCAAAAUGACUUCGACUUCACUUUCAACCCCCCUUUACUGUAUCUCUGUUCAAGUGGCCAAUGGAAUUUUUUUGGAAUACAGCACAGCACACAACUUCCAUGGCCUAAUUGCUCAAGUAAGUUUGUUGCCAAAGGACUGACCUGACGUUUCCGGGGUAUUUUAAAAACCCUUUAAAUUGAUAAACGUGGAAGUACGAACAAGAAAAGGUUAUCAGCUGAGAAGGGGGAGAUUCAUAUCAUAAAGAGUUGUACGCGGGUACGAAACCAAAAAAGUGCAAAAUCUUUGAGAGUGUCAAGAAGCCCGGAGAAUGAGUAAUAUUUUUACAAAAAAAAUAGGGUAUUACUAUUACUAAUUCAAGUCAUAUAUUCACAACAGAAUCCCCUGUCUAUAUUUCCGCUCUCAAUGUGAAAUAUCUUAGGGACAAAUUUUACUCAAGGGAUAUAAAAAACGAGUCGAAUAUGAAUCAUGUUAUAUAAAGUAAGGUUAAAGUCUUGGAUCCUAGACUGGAGAAACUGCUACACAUUUUGGUUGUGCACCCUGGUCCUCCAAGAAUCGGCUGUAAACAACACUAAGGCUCACUUGUUCGAUGUAUCAACAAUUUUCAGGGAUUGUCAAUUCAUUAAGAAACACUGAAAAAACAUAUUCAAUAAAAACAAUGUUAAAAUACCAUGACUGUUGAAGCACCUCUCCUAAAUAAGUCAAAGCAGUUUCUAUCAGAUGCCUGAUGACAAAAAGCAUACACAAAAUAUAUGUAUUGCUUUGUUUGCUUCUCCACAAUAUAACAAGGUAUCCCUUCAUUUUGAAAGUUAAUAUACUACCAAUGUUUUCGGAAAUGAUAACAGCUACAGAGUCAAUUUCACUUCAAUCUCUUUCCUCCUUGUUUAUUUGCAGGGACAGCAAAUCCAUCCAUAUUGAAGUUAAAUAAUCUCCCUGGUUAUUUCUUUGAUGGUGACAUCAACGAUCCCAAUGUCCUGCAAAGCGUUAAAGUAAAUUUCAUGAAUUUGGCAACCGCGCCCUACAUCCCUCCGCUUUUUUGUAAACAGAUACCGGACAAGUGCAACGUUAAAACAGUUGAGGUGUAUCAUAAAUAGGGCCGCUCAAAGUAAGAAAAAUAACAUGCACAUAUAUGUUACAACCCCUUUAAGGAGAAGUAGGUAGUAAUCUGAAUGGUUACGUUACGCUUCAUAUCUUCCGUGAUAAAAAGUGAGAGAAGGAGUGGCCGUAGAGUGUGCGUUUGUAAACUAAAGAAAAUAAAAACAUUGACCUGUCUUGUUGUUGACUGUUUUGAACGACUGAUAGAUUUAAACUAUAACAGUUAUCUUAUUAGUUUUUCGAUUUCUAUGCGAGGUAAGUGAUGUCAAUCAAUUGUUAGCCAAACAUUUCAGCUCAAAAUUCCGCGACGAAAGAGAUUUAAGAUGAAAUGACGGAUAACUUUGAAAAAGACGUUUGGGAGAACUAACCAAAAUAAAAUUGAAAAUAAUCUCUGAUUUUACUUUCUAUUUACAGGCUCACAAGAAAACUUGGGUAAUUUCAAGAACACGACCUCAUGUUCAUGUUCAAUAAAGAUAAAACUUAUGUCAAAUGGAGAAUCUGUACUUUAUUUACAUAUAUGAUAUCAGUCGUCCAGUCUAAAAGAGAGCGGAUUGAUGACGAGAGUGACCAAGUCGCUAUGGGUUUUAGCAUUUCUUUUGAUUGGUUAAGAAUGACACGAGUUUCCUGGACUAAUUACAGAGGGUAGUUGAGCAGAAACAAUGUUAUCGUGAAUUACUAUCGACGUUCACUAUAAAUUACUCUGUGGUUAUUAACACCUGAGUGACCAAGACAGAAUUCUCCUUUCAAAAUUGAGGAAAUAAUGAUUAAGCAGACGAGUCAUGCAUGAGAAGCGGAAUAAAUAUCAAUUAGGGAAUCACUCCUUGAUCCAAUAUCAAAGUUUUCGAACUAACAAUGAAAGAAUUGUAUGAAAAACAGUGAGGAGAAUUACUAAUUAAAUUUUGGGAGUGAAUGGGUCCACCAAAUUUUCCUUACAGUUAGAAUAACUGAAGUCACAAAGGACGGAAAUAUUGAAAUUCCCUUAAAAAAGGUCCUUACACGAGAAAUCUUUUUUCAAAAUGAAGAAUAAUACAUAUGAAAUGUAAAUAAUAUUAUCAUCAGAUGGUUUAGUCAAACACAAGCGAUCGGCUGAGAAAAUAACGUCAAUGCCGAGAAGUUAAUUUGAUUUAUGAAUCAAUCAUUAGUACUUAUAAACAGGGCUGCAAAAAUUUGGGAUUGAAUGCUCCAAAAAAAUUUUCACAGACUUACGUACAAAUUUUGAACAUUAAACUUAUCUAUCAAUUAUCAGCCUGUGCCAAAAGGGUAAAUAGUCCUCUCAUACAAAAACCAUUGUAACAUCUAAAGGGAUUUCUGACCAAACGAUAUGGGCCUGAAAAUAUUUUUCGUGGCAUAUUUGUAGCCACAAAAUUUACUUCUGGGCGAUUUAUUAUCGUAACUUGGCUAAAACGAUGUGUUGAUGAGGAGUUACCCAUAUGACGGAACCGUUCAAAACGUUUUAAUGAUUUAAACAUCAGUCAAAUAUCAGUCAAAUCCUCCUCUCGCACGUGCAUGACUUACAGGAAUUUUAAUUAGCUUUAGAUUGGAAAUACGUGAUUCGUGCGUUGGCUAAAACAAUGUGUUGAUGAGGAGUUACUCAUAUGACGGAACCGUUGAAAAAGUUUUAAUGAUUUAAACAUCAGUCAAAUAUCAGUCAAAUCCUCCUCUCGCACAUGCAUGACUUGUAGCCUCAAAAUUUAUUUCUAGGAAAUUUAUUAUCUUGAAUUGGCGAAAACAAUGUGUUGAGGAGGAGUUACUCAUAUGACGUGCCGUUGAAAAAGUUUUAAUGAUUUAAACAUCAGUCAAAUAUCAUUCAAAUCCUCCUCUCGCACAUACAUGACUUACAGGAAUUUUAAUUGGCUUUAGAUUGGAAAUACGUGAUUUGUGCGUUGUUCUUUUCAAGAAAAUAUGAUGCCACGAAAAUAGGGAAAUAGUUAUUUAGUUUUCCGGGACUUUUGUUCUUUUCCAAAUGCAAGUUGAAAAUUAUUUGUUAGGAAAUAAAGUUCACUCAUCCGACGAAGAACUGUUUGUAAUAUUGCACCUUUGACAAAGACAGCUGGAAAAAGUCUGAUUUCUCGGUCUCUUGUAAGAACUUUCCACAGCUAACAAACUGCAACUCCUAUUGGUCAAAUCUUUUAGAAGAGUUACAUCUCCAUAAAGAUGAUUCCACGAUUCAUCAUUUCGCCAUUCUUCUUGCCAACGUUGUUAUGGCGGCAGUACAAGGUAAGCAAGCUUUCAGCAAGAAUUACACAGUUUAUGAGGUCUUAAGUGUCUAUGACACAACAUUUUUUUAGCGUCUUCUUGUUGAUAGCUGUAUUCAGAAUUUAAAAUAAUCGACCUUAGCGCCAAGUGACUUUUCCUUGACCAUUUUUUACGCAUUGAAAGUAUCCCAUUCAACGUGCGGCUCAAACGAUCAAGCAUGUUACACAGCUGUGACGGCAGAAAACUGUGAAGACAUGUCGGCAACUAUGGUAGUAAAGAAGAAAUCAAGAGGAGAGGACGAACGUAUUGCGUGGCAGGAGCGCCAAAUGAUGUAAGCUACAGGAAUAAUACACAUACACUGGGUUAUUCUAUAUACUACUUUCCAAAGGAUGUAGCUAUACGGCCAAAAUGGACGCAUUUCGAUCGUCGACAUCUGGGAGAUUUUACUCUUCAAAGUCGUCGGCCUUAUACUCCGUCUCGGCUUUGAAGACGGCUGUUACAAAGGGUAACCAACCCUAGAUAAUAAUACGGAAAAAAAUGGAGAAGUGUAAGAACGCAUCUUAAAAAAACACUCUGAUAUAUCGCAUAACAUUUACGUUGAAUGGUAAUUCCUUCCAUAGUCCUGUCCUUUAUUGCAUUCCACUGUACUGCUACCGCAACUCGCUACAGCUGGAGAAAGGCUCCAAAUCUUCACUAAUAAUUGCAAAUAAUAUAACUUAAGUCUAAAACGGUUUUCAGCCGGGGAAAGUUUCCAAAUCUUCACUAAAAAUUUCACAUAAUACAACUAAAAGUCCACAACGUUUUAUGCUAACUCGAGCUCUUGAUCAAUGACUGAUCUUGAGCCCAAAAAUUCUCACCCUAACAAGCUUUUUUAAAAAAAAAAUAUUAAGCAGUUUUUUCAAUCAACUUUAAAACAGCAAUCUAGUGCUGAUUGUUUCUUUUAACCAAACAGCACAGAUUGUGUGCAUUACUUAGAUCUUUGUUUCGUCAACAUUCUCUACACGAAUGUGAUCUACAUUGAGCACUUGAGCUGAUUGUUCCCUCAGAAAUUCAGCGGCUUUUGCCUCCAAACAUGCGCGAUAGCCUUCUCUAUGUUAAGCAGCAAACAUUACUAGCGUGUAGGAUUGAUUCGAAGUAGAAUGCUGCGGAAAUGCUCCACAAAUCCCCUCUGAAAAACCCCUACAAGCGUCACCAUGACAACACUCGCAGCAACAGAACGUCAGCCUGUCGACCUCCUUGGCAUGAAGCUCUGGUCCAGUUCCUCGAUGCCCCUCGUCAAGAUUUUCGUUGAUGUCACUUAAUGCCUCCUUCCGCGUCAUAGGUUGCGUCAUCUUAAUUCCCUUAUUAGGGUGUCUAGGAGCAAUGAAAAGCACCUCUACCUCACCGACCAUGUGGUCGCCAUCUCCUUCUGGAUCUUUGUCAAAGUAUUGGACUUUGAACCCUGGGAUGAUAAAAUCUUUCCUUUAAAUAUUGGUAGACUGUCAGACUUGUAAGACGAGCAAGCUUCUUUCCAGAUUUAACUGUAGGUUUUACGAAUUGCCUAAAGUGUUUCUUUAAUCGUGCAAACUAAAGAGUGCGUUUCGAUUGUGGGAUGUUGGGCAAAACUUAACAAAGGUGCAGAGGAACAAUUUGAAAAAGUGUUAGGUGGGGGGGGACUUAUCAUAAACUAAGCCAAACGCAUAUCUUAGGAGCCAAUUGGAACUCAAACGUACAAACUGUUUGAAGCGCGGAAAGAGGUAAGGGACUUAGCAGGUCACCAUUGUUUUUAGUUUUGCAUCUGAAUGGCCGGAGGAAUGGCGCGCACAUUCCUCGCCAAGAACAGAGGGGUAGUAAAACACCAGUCCCAGUCACUGUUAAGUCUCAAUGAAAAAAACCGCUUGACUACAUUUUUCUGAUUGGUCCAAAAGCUUUGUUCAGCUAAUACUAAGUAUCUCCAACUAGUUUGAAAUGAGACGUUUGUGCGCAGCAUCUCAAAUGAAAGCGGUUAAACAACACUUCAUAUUAGUGAGUUUUCGUGCAACAUACAACACAGCUGAACCUUAAAAACUAAGUCACCAACCUUUAACUCCUAGGUUGGUUUCCGGGACUUCUCUGCACAAAGUUUAUUCGAAUGUCUUCACUGAUUGAUGUCUCGACCAUCCAUUCCUGUAAAUGAACAUCUCAGUUUUUUCCUGGCCAUUUCGAGCGCGUUCAUCAAGGUGUUACAAAACGCUUGCUCUGAAGCCGCACAUCCUCCAUAAACAGAGAUGAUCCUUUUCAGUCUGAGUCUCAGAAGAGGCAAGAUUCCAAGGUUUUCAACAUGGCCGCCAUCACUCAGACGCAACACAGGAGGAGGACUGGGCCCAAGGUUUAGUAUCCCGAGUGUUUUCCGAACAUAACUGAUGUAAGGUAUGUGGACAGCAAAAUAUCUGACGAAAAAAAACAGCACUGAUCACAAAACGACUUUCCUCUCCAUAACAAAUUUUGAAAAUCUUCAUCGAAACUUUUCUAGAACUCAGAGGCGACAGAUCUUUCACCUGUGGUGUGUAUGGCUUUUAGUGUAAAACACUGGCCAAUAUUAGCUGUUCAACUUAUUGAUUAGGGUCAAAGCGCACUAAAAGCAAGUGCAUACGUGCGUGCCUUUUGCUCAUUAGGGAACAAGAGCAUAGACGUCUUUAGAUGCGGAUGGUACCCAGACGUUGAAAGUUCUUUUUGCUGUCGCUUAUUACAAGUAAUUUGUUACCAAGGUGCGCCAGCAGUAUUCGUUCACUCCUUUUGAACCUUGGGAUAAUUAAAUCUUUCUUUUUUUUCUCCGUUCCGCUCCUCGCAUUCUGGGACUGUUUUACUAUGCAGGUUUUGACGUAAUUCUGAUCAUCACGACACUUCUUGCCAUGCUGGUAUUGUACGCAGCCAUCGGAUUCAACUUUGGCGUCGAAACUUCCUCAACAACGCGAGUGAAAGAGCUCGCGCAUUGAGAGAGAAGCGAAAUCGUGAGAUUUUCAAGAUGUUAAUAACUCUGAUAGACGCAUUUUAUGCCUGUUCCUUGCCGAUUCUAACCCUUUCAUUGUCUUUCGCGCUUGACUUCUAUGUGGUUUACAGUGAAACUCGACAUUUCCGUUUCAUUGCUCUUCUAAUGCUGUUCUUAAAUGGUGCCAUUAAUCCAAUAAUCUAUAUAGUUUUCAACAGGAGUUUUCGCAGUUGUGUUAAGGAAGUUUUGUCUAAGCGCUAUUGUUCUCAACCUGUGUCUGCUUGACUUUAACUACAAAGUGGAGACCAGUUUAAAUGUAAAAUUGGUUUCAGCGGACUGUCCAAUGUCUUUAGUUAGUGAGAAUACACUAAGUCUAACUUGGGUUAUUAACUACUUUCAGAUUCUGCCAACGCGACUGGCUUCCUGUCCGUGAAGUUUAAAAUAUUUUAAUAGCGUUUCUAAUCAGUCCGAUUCCUUGCUGCUAUCAAUUUUAUGCGUUCAUUAUUUGCAAAAAUGGAUGAUGCAUAAUCCGAAAAGUCUCAGUUUACUCUCGUGAAAUUAGUAAUCGAUAGUUAAUUGGUUUCUUGCCAUUGAUUGAGUUUACUUUAUUCCCCUAAAUUGAAGGGUCGACGGAAAAAUCGCACCUGUGACCAAAUCAGGCAAAGACAGCUGCGUAAACAAUCCCACAAUCCCAUAGUUCCUUUAACAUCGCUACACGACUGUCUUUUUCCUGAAGCGUUAAUUUGCUUGAGCAUCUCACCGCAAUCGUAUCACUUAGAGACGUUUCUGCGCCAUGAUUUCCCAGUAUUUCAUUUUGAAAGCUAUUCUCGCUUUACUUACGAUAGUGUCAGCGGGUAAGAGAUCUCCAUCUCGUCAUCUUGAAUAAAGAAGAUGGGAGAAGCGCAUUACAACUUAUUGUACAAAAAGUUGUUUUUAAGAAUAUUUAUUUAGUUGUUGAACCUUAUGAAGACGUUAAUUUAAGACGUUUUGAUUUGCUUUAGAACUGUCGACGAGGGGCUAAAACUAUCAUAUGAAAUGCUGAAUCCCACUCAUCGCUGAUUACAAACGUUAUAUUUUGUUCUCAUUAUCGUUUCAGACCAUCAAGCGCCGGUUUUUACGUAUUGCCCAAAGUGCAUCACAAUGAAAGAAAUCACAGAGCCUGAGACCCGCGUUCACUGGUCUGCACCUACAGCAACUGACGAUUCUGGUGUGAAGCCCUACAUAACAUGCAACAAGCAAAAUGGAGACAUAUUCAGUGUUCCCAGUACAACUGAAGUUGUUUGUACGGCGACAGAUUCCGCUGGUAAUAGAGCCACUUGUAGCUUCAGGAUCACUCUAAAACGUAAGCUGAAGCUCUUGCAUUUGAAUAAACAAUUUCUCAAGAUGAUCUAAUUAAGUAAAAGAAAAGGUUAGAAUUUGGAAGUAACAGUUGAUUACGUGCUUUCGUUGUCCAGGUGAAAGUAUUCCCGAUAUGGGUGUUCUCGGUAACAAUGACUGACAACGAGAAGCUUAGCUGAAGUCUAAUAGUAACCCUUGACUCUAAUGAUGGUUUCUGCUAACGAUGUCAUAACAUCAAUCACCGUUCCCAACAUCAGUCCUUUUUAGGUUUACUCGAACCCAGGCCAUUAGAAUUCAUGAUCAACAGGUUCAGUAACUGAAAUAUAUAGGAGAGAAAAACCGCUUUUGUGCAGCAUUAUGCUGCCUGUUAUCGGAGUAUGAGUUAUACCUUGACUAACCGAAAAAUCUAAAAUUCGACAUCUUUACUACAUUUUACAUCUAUUAAUUAUGUCUACAAUUCGAAAAUAGAAGGUUAAGAAAAUGCGAAAUUUCUACUUACUGGACUGGUAGGGCGGCAUUUUAAAGGUCGGCGUCUUCUUUGCUACAAUGAUUUUAAAUAUUUUUUCUUUCUUUUGUUGUCAACAGGAAAGGAGUGCCCCAUGUUCGAUCCUCCUCAAAACGGAGCUCUGGCGUGCAACAAGUUUGGUGUAGAAUAUGUUUGCGCUGCGAUGUGCCAAAAUGACUUCGACUUCACUUUCAACCCCCCUUUACUGUACUACUGUUCAAGUGGCCAAUGGCAUUUUUAUGGACUCCCCAACUUACCGUACAGCACACAACUUCCAUGGCCUAAUUGCUCAAGUAAGUUUGUUGCCAAAGGAUUGACCUGACGUUUCCGGGGUAUUUUAAAACCCUUUGAAUUGAUAAACGUGGAAGUAUGAACAAGAAAAGUUUAUCAACUGAGAAGGGGGAGAUUUAGUGCAAAAUCUUUGAGAAUGUCAAGAAGCCCGGAGAAUGAGAAUUUACAAAAAAAAUAGGGUAUUACUAUUACUAAUUCAAGUCAUAUAUUCACAACAGGAAUCCCCUGUCUAUAUUUCCGCUCUCAAUAUGAAAUAUCUUAGGGACAAAUUUUACUCAAGGGAUAUAAAAAACGAGUCGAAUAUGAAUCAUGUUAUAUAAAGUAAAGUUAAAGUCUUGGAUCCUAGACUGGAGAAACUGCUACACAUGUUGGUUGUGCACCCCAGUCCUCCAAGAAUCGGCUGUAAACAACACUAAGGCUCACUUGUUCGAUGUAUCAACAAUUUUCAGGGAUUGUCAAUUCAUUAAGAAACACUGAAAAAACAUAUUCAAUAAAAACAAUGUUAAAAUACCAUGACUGUUUAAGCACCUCUCCUAAAUAAGUCAAAGCAGUUUCUAUCAGAUGCCUGAUGACAAAAAGCAUACACAAAAUAUAUGUAUUGCUUUGUUUGCUUCUCCACAAUAUAACAAGGUAUCCCUUCAUUUUGAAAGUUAAUAUACUACCAAUGUUUUCGGAAAUGAUAACAGCUACAGAGUCAAUUUCACUUCAAUUUCUUUCCUCCUUGUUUAUUUGCAGGGACAGCAAAUCCAUCCAUAUUGAAGUUAAAUAAUCUCCCUGGUUAUUUCUUUGAUGGUGACAUCAACGAUCCCAAUGUCCUGCAAAGCGUUAAAGUAAAUUUCAUGAAUUUGGCAACCGCGCCCUACAUCCCUCCGUUUUUUUGUAAAGAGAAACCGGACGAGUGCAACGUUAAAACAGUUGAGGUGUAUCAUAAAUAGGGCCGCUCAAAGUAAGAAAAAUAACAUGCACAUAUAUGUUACAAUCCCUUUAAGGAGAAGUAGGUAGUAAUCUGAAUGGUUACGUUACGCUUCAUAUCUUCCGUGAUAAAAAGUGAGGGAAGGAGUGGCCGUAGAGUGUGCGUUUGUAAACUAAAGAAAAUAAAAACAUUGACCUGUCUUGUUGACUGUUUUGAACGACUGAUAGAUUUAAACUAUAACAGUUAUCUCAUUCGUUUUUCGAUUUCUAUGCGAGGUAAGUGAUGUCAAUCAAUUGUUAGCCAAACAUUUAAGCUCAAAAUUCCGCGACGAAAGAGAUUUAAGAUGAAAUGACAUUUAACUUUGAAAAAGACGUUUGGGAGAACUAACCAAAAUAAAAUUGAAAAUAAUCUCUGAUUUUACUUUCUAUUUACAGGC